AUGACAGAUCCUCAGGAAAAGGCCCUCAGGAGUGCUAUCGUCAGUGGUGAAAAUGUGGCCGAAGUUCCAGUGGAGCUGAAACCACGAUACCGAGACUCAGAAACUCCAGCAUAUUCUGAGGCCAAGAGGACAUGGAGGUCCUUUUUUUGGUCGACGCUUGACGUCCCGAAGCAGGAGGCCCGCUUUCUCACCAAGCUCGAUCUAACGCUUAUAUCGGCAUCGGCUCUGGGUGUGAUGUGCCGAUAUCUAGAUCAAGUCAACAUCACCAACGCAUUCAAUAGUGGUAUGAAAGAAGAUCUUUCACUAUAUGGUAACGAGCUCAAUUAUGCCAACGCGGUUUGGAGUGCUGCAUAUGUGUUUGGGCAGAUACCAUCUAACCUGCUCCUCACUCGACUUAACGUGCCGCUUUACAUCGCUUUUUUGGAAUUGGCUUGGACUGUCUUCACCUUCGCGACUGCAGGCGUCAAAGAUGUCAAUCAGCUCUACGUCUUCCGCUUCUUUGUUGGCUUGUUUGAGGCGGGUCACUUUCCAGCAGUCAUGUAUGUGUGCUCGAGCUAUUACAAGCCUCACGAGUUAGCUCGGCGCAACACGCUAAUCCAGGUAUUUACCUCUGUCGGACCGCUCUUUUCAGGUUUUCUGAUGGCAGCUGUUUUUGCUGGGUUGAACGGAGUCGGUGGUCUUGCCGGGUGGCGAUGGAUGUAUAUCGUCUGUGGUUGUGUGUCUUUUCCUUGCGCCUUAUGGACUGCGGUUGCAAUGCCCCAGCUCCCUAGCAGGGCAAAGGCAAACUGGAUCUUCACCCAGGAAGAAGUUGAAUUGGCUCGCGCUAGAAUGCCCACGGAGGUCAAACCGCUGACUGGCUUGUUCAAAUGGAAAGACAUAAAAAGAUGGCAUACUACAUGGCAUGUUUAUCUCUUGAUCUUCUGGGUGAAAAGCUACAACGUCACCGGUCAGCCAGCUGUCUUCUCGGUCGCUGCAAUUAAUAUCAUUCCCCUGGGAAUUAAUGUUAUAACUAUUGUUUGCACACUUCUCAACUCAUGGAUUUCGGACAGCUUACCCGGCGCUGCUAGAUGGCCCGGUAUGGUAUUUGCUGGCUUGAUGGCAGUCAUAUUCCCGAUUGCACUUGCCGCCACUCCUGUACAUCCAGUGAAUAGGGCAACCCGUUGGGUACUUUACUACCUUACUGCUCUAGGAGGUACAUCUGCUGGCAUCACUUGGACAUGGGUAAAUGAGGUGAACAGGCAUGAUCCUGAGAAGCGGGCGUACAUAUCUGCCUUGAUGAACGCCUUCGCAUACAUAUUCACUGCCUGGAUUCCUAUUUUCACAUUUCCGACCAGCCAACAGCCGUACAUUGUCACUGGUAAUUACAUCACUGCUGGUUUCGGAGCGGCGGCUACUAUUACUGUUCUCGUGAUCCGACACUUCCACAACCGAGACCUCAAAGGACAGCAUGCGCAACGCGCAACUUCCCCAGUGGACAGUGAGUGAAUAUGCAACACAAAGGGUUGUAUAUGUUUGGGGCGCGACCAGAAUCACAUGCGUAUUUGAUGAGGAAGAUGAUCGCGAUCGAUGGUACGUCCCUGUAGAAGCAGAUUUUUCAAAGGAACAAGAAAUAUCAUAACACGAUCCUCGACAAUUUGUGUUGGCUCUGCGUUGCACCACGCUCCGGAGUUCCAACCAUAAUUAUUGUGCG